UAAACACGUCUGUGGAGAAGUAGACAGGAACAAGAUAGCCAGACGGACUCCGAACGAGUGUGAUUUAAAACGCAAACAAAAUAAAAACAGUUGAACUACGGCAACUUGCGCACCGUUGGCUAGAUACGGGGAGAAGUACACUCGUGUCUCCGUGUAACUUAUUUCGACAGACGACGGAUCAAAAGAGUUGGUCUGCAGUUGAACAGAAGAAAUCUACAGGAAGGAACUGCUGAUUUUGGAUAUUUUUUCAUUGCACACAUUUUAUUGGAAAAGGCAUACCCUCUUCAAGAAACAAUUGAACCUGUGCUCAUUUUAUUGUGAUUAUUCAAAACUUUCAAGAGCUCAUUUAAAACUUUUGGAUUUGCGUAAUUGAACUGCUGGUAAUAGACCAAUGCACAGUGUGCUCUAUUUAACAAUAUGUCUGUAUAAAAGCUGUGGGCUCUGGUGUCAGGUUGCUAAUUUGUUAAAACCUGUUCUGAAUUUAUGAGCUGGAAAAUCUACAGAGUUGUUAAAGAUCAGUUAAUACUUCCUUUCAAGUACUCUGAUAGCCUAACGUAAUAUUGGACUACAGGUUUACCAUGAGGUGCAAAAAUUAAAGAUGAUGUCAAGUUAUUCCUUUAUUCUACUAUCUUCAGAUUUUGUCCAAAGUAUGUGCUGUUGAAGGUGAAAGAAAUGCCCAUGACUCCAUAACACCAGGCACCUUCAGCUAUUGUGAUGUGACGGAUCAGCCCCCCUUCUUUUGCUUUGACCUUGCACCCUCAACUGUUUUCAUGAGGUGAACAUACUUGGUUCGUGACUCUCUGCAACACAGUGUUGUGUGGUACAGCCCCACCCUCUUUUCUUCUUUUCCUGUGUGCAUCUUCAGCUUACAAUGAGUUUGUAAAAGGAGAUUCUGAGCUUCAGAGCUCGAGCACAACGUGCUGCUUCCACAGCCUUCCAGAUAAAGAGACUGGUCCAAAACUCUGUUCUUCUUCCAUGGACACAAAUCAAAAUAUUUUGUCUGCCUGAAUGCACUCUGUUGCCAUCCAUUGGAUUAAGUGUGUCCUGUAGCUUCAGUCGGCAUCACUGAUCAGCCACAUCUUGCGUUCCACAUCGUGUUCUUCCACUACAAUUUACCAAUCCUGUUAAUCAAAGGUACCAGGCCCUCCUGCUGGACCACUACAGCACCCUUUAAUAGAACGUUGCAUCCAGACACAAAAACGAGGUCUUUCGACAACCUUCACACUCACAGCACCAUCCUGGAGACUGGAAUUUGUCUGUGGCAGGCUUCUGUUGUCUUGUGGCUGUGGUUUGGUUACACAGCAAACGCUGUGUGAGUGGAUUGGUUGGACCAAGUGCACCAACAGAGCCAAGGACAGGGCCACUGGACUACAGAGCUCAGGACUCUGGGUUCAGGCCAUGAGGUUUGAUGCCUCGAUCCACUGACGGGAGACACUGGACCUAAAUGGCGCAGCAUGACUUUGUUCCUGCCUGGCUUAACUUCUCCACGCCACAGCCUGCCAAGUCCCCUGCAGCCCCCCUUGAGAAGCAUGGAGAGCACUUUCCCCGUGGAGAUGGCCGGCCGGGAGUGAACCGCCGCAGGCACAACUCCUCUGAUGGUUUCUUCAACAACGAUCCACUUAAAGCUCCUGGAGGUGAUGGGUGGCUCCAGCCAUCUUUGCUCAGGCAUGACUCUGUGGACUCUGGUGUAGCUAAGGGCAGCCAAGGUGGCUUGGGUAGUGGGCAUGGGUGGAAGGAGACCCCCAGCUGGCAUGGGACCCCACGGGGCCAGGAGGGCCCUCACCAUCACCAUGGCCGCCAUCCCAAGCGAGGUGGGGGUGACAGGGACAGGCAGGGGGGCCAUCGGCAGCGCAACGGCAAUUUCCGCAAGGGUGGCCCUUUCCAGGACCGUUACUCGGAUGAGGAGCGUAAUGAUGACAAGCUUAAGUUUGUGGAAGAGGAUUUUCCUUCACUGAAUCCAGAGACGACUGGAAAGCCAGUGAGUCAAGCUCGUGCUGUGGGAACUCCAGCAGGCGUGUGGGAGAAUCCGCCCAGCGCUAAGCAGGCUGUGUCUAAGAUGCUGGUCAUUAAGAAAGUGUCUAAGGAGGACCCCAGUGCUGCAUUCUCUGCUGGUUUUGCCAGUGCUGGUCCCCUGCCUGCCAAUGGCUCCAAAGUCCCCAUCACUGGCCCCAGUGUCUAUAAGAACUUGGUUCCCAAAACUGCUACCGCCCCAACUAAGACUGGCCCAUGGAAACCAAAUGGAAGGGAAAGUAAAGUGGGUUUACAUUUCUCUGGUCGGGAUUCAGCUUUUACCAGCCCUGUUUCUGUGACCAAACCUCUGACACCUGUCAACGCACCAACCCAUGGCACUCCUAAAGAGACCCCCUCCAGUGCCACCCCUCCCAUAGACAUCACCCGCCUGAAGCAGAUGCGUCGCAGCACGGACCGUAAGAGCGAAUUCCUGCGUGGGCUCAAGGACGAGAGGAACGGAGAAGUGAGUGGCUGCCACAGUCCUGGAGCUCCAACAGAGGGAGAGGCCAGUACUCCCGAGCCAAAAGAAUAUGGAGAAGGCCAUGAGAAUGGCAUGUCUCACUCUCUCAGUGACUCUGAUACUGAGCAUCUGUCCAGUUCCCUGGAGGCUGAGCACAGGCUGCUUAAAGCAAUGGGCUGGCAAGAGUACCCAGAGAAUGAUGACAACUUCCAGCCCCUCACGGAGGAUGAGCUCAAAGAGUUUCAAGCUAAGACUGAGCAGCUGAAGAAGAACAGGCUGGGCCAUAACGGUGUGCUGCCGAAGUCUCGCGGCGUGGCCCUGCUAGCUUGGAGGAACACCCCCAAUCCUGGCCUGGAAGAAGGCUCGGAGUCCGAGACGAGCAGUAGCAGCCAGACCUCCGACGACGAAGAUACCUAAUGUGGCUUUAAAACUCCUCUGUCUUCUUCCUUCGCUCAUGUUCCCUCUCACUCUCUUGCGCUCUGUAUUUUUCUCUGUUCUGCCACACCUUUUAUUUUCAGUGAAAAGAAGAAAAUGAGUGAAAAUAUUGUUUCAUGGACAAGGGACAUCAUCCAUAUCCCAGAGAGAGAGAGAGGAAGAGAGAGAGAGAGAGAGAGAAAGAGAGAACAAUGAGUUGACACCUCAUGGGCAGUUUUUCUUUUUCUCUCCUGUUCUCUCAUGUUUUGUCAUUUAUCCUGAACUAGAAAUGUCUAUGAAAGCCUCACGCAUACCCUCCCACCAGAUUUGUUUUGUUUUUGCUUGGGGGAAAAAAAGACUAACUCAUAAUAACACCAAUUAUAACCGUGAUUUAACGUGAAAUAUGACUUCAUCUGAAUGUUCUAUAAAAUGGCUUUGACACCUAUCUCAAAUAUUUUUCCUUUUUGCGAAAACAAUUCGUAGCAUUAGUUUGAAGAUGAAACAAUCAUUGUGAGCCACUGACAGCAGCAUUGCUCCCAGUCCCUCAUAGAAAUGAACUCAAGCCAGUCCUCUACUUCACGCAAGCACUAAAACACAAUUCGGCAGCUAAGAUAUGACGACUUCUCUGAUGUUGGUCUCAAACUGUACCGCUUCCACUGUCCACCUUUUGGCUUUUUUGAACAAGCAUGUCACUGCAAGUGUGUAAGAGUGACGAGUUGGAUUUGAUAUGUAGCCCAGCUGAGGGUAUGUCAUUAUCUAGCAUUUAAAAUAAAGGUAAAAUUCACAGUGAAGGGGCUAAUGAGAUUGGAGAAGUUAAUCGUGAAAAAGCAAUAGAAGUUCACUGGCUUUUUUUUUUUUUUUUUUUCCUCUUCUGGGUAAACAUCCCAUCAAACAAUUUUGGUUUUGUUUUUAUCCCUUUGUGUCUCAGUGCAAUGCAAUUUAAUGAAGACAAAAUGACAUUAUCUACUAUACCAACCAAUUGUUUUUUUGUGUGUUUCUGUAGUCAGGUGGUUCUUGUUUUAGAAGAAAUCAAGUCAUGCUGUUUUCCCAGUGAACCCUCCUCAAACAUCCCCCCCCACCCCCCAAAAAACAGUUUUCUUCAAGCUCAAGGGUUGUAGGAUGUAGCCAUUAAAGGCCAUCAAAGACAAAGAAGUAUCCGUGUUUGCUAUUGCACAAGUAAUCUAUAAAAUGAUCAGAGGCUUGUUAAGCACGUUCAGUGUUUGCAGUUUCCAAACGUAAUGAAUAUUUGAUUGGCUCAUUGGAAAAGAGAAUUUAGUCUGGAGAAUGAAGUUGUUGGGUUUUUUUCUUUGGUUCUGAUGUUUCUCUGCAAACAGGAUUUCUGUUGACAAUUUUGUUCAUGACAAACCUAGAUGUACUAUUCUAUCUGAACCUGAGCAGUAGAAGCCCAUCUGCUAAGGUUCUGAAUUUCAUGAGGGACUGCUGGUGGAAAUUAUGCAUCUCCAUUUUUUUUUUGUACCUUGUUUUUGCUGAUGGGGUAUAAAAAGGCUUUAUUACAGAUUUAAUUUUUUUUUUUUUUUUUUUUUAAUUUUGGUACAGCUGUAAAAAAAUCCCACAUAGUUUUUUUUUUUUUUUUUUUUUUUUUUUUUUUUUCUCCGUUUGCGUUAUGUUGUUCCUGCAGCCUUGAUAUUCAGGGUGGAUUGUAAAAAAUAUAAGAAUAAAAAUUGUGAGUUUUGGAAGAUUGA